AUGCUGUUACUGAUACUGGUACCUCUUUCUUUAAUCACAACUCCUUCUAGAAUUUUCGACAAAAUUGUUGACGCAUUUGACGCAAAAUAUAACGACGAGUAUGAAUUGUAUUUAGUCGACUGCGACUCGGAUGUUUCGCUUACUAUCGUAUUGAACAACAACGACCAUGUGAUCGAAGCCAAACAUUUGUUGCUAAAAAUAGAAAAUACCGAUCAGUGUAUUUUAAGCGUAGAGCCUUUGGAUUUGUUUGGAAUAGACUUUAUUUUGGGCGAUCCAUUUAUUCGUCAGUUUUGUCAAGUUCACGAUGUUGAGCAGCAACGUGUUGGAUUGGCUAAAUCCAAGGCUUGA